CUAUUUUUACCCGAGAACAACAGCAACGUUAUAACAAGAAGAAAAGAUUAAUUGGUAUAAUCUGACAAAUAUACGUCACGUGUAUUCGUGAGAAUUUGACGCAUUAAACAAUUAUCAGGAGUUUUCGCAACGCAUGCAUGAAAAUAUGAUGUAAAAGAAUAGGAAAAAAGGUUUGAAAUGGCCUUGAAUGAAUCUAUAAUUCAGUUAAUACGACAAGGAAAUGAAGCAAAGCAAGACCUGUUUAAAAACAGUAGGUCUGCGGAGGAUUCAGUACGAGCAUUUCAAACAGAACAAAAGGAAAGAAUUGAUGAAUUGGCUGAAAACACCAUUUCUGGUAUAAGAGAGGUUACAGAGAAGAAAUGUGAGGCCCUAGAUACAGUCAUGCUAGAACUCACUGAAAAUCUGAAAAUGUUUUCAAAAGGAUCCUAUUCUGACAGAGACAUUGAUCAAGGUACAAAAUAUGUAGAUUCUCUAAAUAUAGAAUCCCUUCUUCAAGACACUGCUAUUGAUUUUGAAGGUGACCUUGACAUAGCGGAGUCAUUGCUGUCAGUUUCUCGUCUUGGUCGAUAUAGGAUUGACUCAAAGGAUUCUGAAACUAGCUCGUGUUAUUAUUCCACAGAAGAGACCGAGAAGAAGAAGCUUGUUUUACCAUAUUGUCAGCGUAUAGGCUACCGUAUACUCGACGAGCAAAGCUGGUGUUCAAGCUCAAUGUCUUCUAUAUCUGAUAACAACUUCUACGAUGCUGACUAUGUUAAAGGAUCAAAUGCCGUACUGGAAAACAUGGGAAAGGAGCUCGACGUUCUGAAUGUAAAGGAUAAAGUUUUGAACAUUUCAGCGAACAAUUGUUUAGCCAGAUAUGUUGGUCAGUUUCACACAUAUAAACAUAGGACUGCAUGCGUUGUACCAGAUAUUACGAUCAUGGCCAACAUGAAUAUUGUACUCAUUGACCACUAUCACAACAGUAUACAGCUGUUUUCAGAGGAAUUUAAAAGCCUCGAUGAGAAGGUAUGUUCAUAUCCAAUAGGCUUGAGUAAGCUGAAUGAUAAUCACGUGGUUGUAACACUACGCCGCACUGGGCAGCUAGCAAUAUUUCGGAUCAACAAAACGAAGCUAUUCUAUCAACGAUCGAUAAGAAUGAAAUGUGAUUCCUACCUUUGGCAAGUAACUUGCAAAUCCUCAAAACUUUUCGUUGUAUGUGACGAAAAUAAUGUACACGUGAUUGGUCUUGAUGGACAAGAGUUGAAUGUAAUAAGAUCCGGCGUGUCACCGGAACUUGGCUACUUGCGUUACUUUGACGUUAACGAUAAAGAUCGACAAAUAUACGUGAAUGAGCGACGUGGACUACGCUGUAUCAAUUUUAAAGGAAAAUUUCAGUGGCUGUUUACGAACGAAGAUUUCCCUGAGAGUGAGCGAGAUAGUCGUGGACAUUCCAUCGAAGAUGUUUGUUACUUUGAUGGCAUUAUUCUAGCAACGCACUGGACUCUGAAUAAGAUUUUUCAAAUUUCAUUAAGUGGUAAAUUUCUUCGAAAUGUAAUUGUAGAUAAUUUGGAGCAUCCACGUAUUUUGUCCAUUCUUGGAACAAGGCUAGUCGUUACACAGUUUAAUCCUGCGAACAAAUCAGCUGAUAGGAGCAUAGUUAAGGUAUUUGAAAUAGAUGACCUGUCGAAAUCAUAAUUCUAACGUUCGUUUUGUGUAGAUGUUCAAAAUGUCAAAGACAACCGAAAUGCUCUUUAUUCAUAUCAAAGACUUUCACUAAAGACAAAUUAAAUAACAAGUUCCUCUAUUCUAAAACUGGGUUAAAAAACGUUCAUACGUUAUCAAACAAUAGUAUAAAAACGUAAGUAAAUAUUCUGUUGCAGUUCAGAUGCGCCAGCGUGUAUAAUUGCAAAAGCAUUAUCUAUAUAGUCCUUAAAGAACGUCCAAAAUAGCAAAUUUUAAAAUUUUAUAGGCCCUUUGAGCAUGAAAUGGUGUAUUUUGAAUUUAGAAACAGGCAAUGUAAAAAGAUGUUUUUCCCUUAACGAGAAAACAAUGGACGGACGGAACAAAGUAAAAUAGAAUUUUGGAAGAGGUUAUGAGUGAUAAACUACAAGUCAUUUAAACCAGUGUGGUAUACACUCUAUUGCCUUAUUUUAUAGUAUAAAGAAGAAACAUCGUCUAUGUUUUAACAAAGAAUGAGAUGGACUGUAUUUCGACAGAGAAGUAAUUUUUUUGGAUCCGUUUACUUUAUUGAUGAUUUUAUUUGAAAUCAUAUGUAUCGAUGUUCCUUACUCAUUGUUGUAUAUGUUAUGUUGUGAAAUAAAAAUAAAUGAUA